AUGGAGGGCGUCGUGAUGGAUGCUCAGCGCUCUUUCGCGCCUGAGCCCAAGAACUCGGCCACGAUUCUCUGCGCAGACUGCGGCGCGCCGGUUGACGGCACACUCUCGGGCGCCUUUUGCUACGACUGCAUCAAACUCAAGACGGACGUGACGGGCGGCAUCCAGCGCGAGGCAAUCCUGCUCAUGUGCCGCGACUGCGACCGAUGGCUCUCCCCGCCCACCACCUGGGUCGUCGCUGCCCCCGAAUCGCGCGAACUGCUCGCUCUCUGCCUGAAGAAACUGCGCGGACUGAACAAAUUGCGAAUCAUCGAUGCCGGCUUCAUCUGGACGGAGCCCCACAGCAGGAGGAUCAAGGUUAAGAUUACCGUGCAGUCGGAGAUCAACGAGGGCGCCAUCAUGCAGCAGAGCUUCGAGGUCGAAUACACACAAAACUACAACCAGUGCCCAGACUGCGCAAAGAGUUACACCCACAACACAUGGAGGGCCUGUGUGCAGAUCCGCCAGAAGGUGCCACACAAGAGGACCUUCUUGUACUUGGAGCAGUUGAUCCUCAAGCACGGAGCCCACAAGGACACGAUCAACAUCAAGGAAGUUCACGACGGCAUCGACUUCUUCUUCUCCCAGCGAAAUCAUGCCGUAGGCUUCUGCGACUUCCUCAAGGCCGUCAUCCCAGUCAACAUCAAGCGCUCCGAGGAGCUCAUCUCACACGAUAUCCACACUUCAACCAAGAACUACAAGUUCUCCUUCUCCUGCGAAAUCGUACCCAUCUGCAAAGACGAUCUUGUAGUCCUCCCUAUUCCCCUCGCAAAGAAGAUCGGCAACAUCUCGCCCCUCACACUCUGCACCCGCAUCGGCACCUCCAUACAACUACUCGACCCUUCGACCCUCCAGACAGCCGAUGUCGCCACGGACAUCUAUUGGCGCACACCGUUCCGACCCCUCGCAGACGUACAGGAACUGACCGAGUUCAUUGUCCUGGACAUCGAGCCUCUGGGCAAGUCAGUAGGCCGCCACUUCCUCGCCGAAGCCACCGUGGCCCGCUCCUCAGACAUGGGCGUCAACGACACAACAUACUACUGCCGCACACAUCUUGGUGGUAUCUUGCACGUCGGCGACUCGGUCAUGGGUUACCUCCUCAGCAACACCAACUUCAACAACGAUCUCUUCGACGUUCUCGAAAACAACAACAAGUACGCGGCCGCUAUUCCAGAUGUCAUGCUUGUCAAGAAGUACUACCAGCGAUCCAAGAAGAACAAGAACAAGCGCAACUGGCGCGUCAAGCGCAUCAACAAGGAUGAAGGCGAGAUGCUGCCCCGUAAGCAAGAUCAGGAGAAGAUGGAGCGCGACUUCGAGAUGUUCUUGCAGGACGUCGAGGAGGACCAAGACCUGCGCGCUACCAUGGCGCUAUACAAGGCGCAGCAGGAACAGAAGCAGCGCGACGCAGAUGCCAUGGAGACUGAGAGCAGUCUUGGUGACGAUGAGGAUGAAGGCCUGCAGAUUCCGAUGGAUCAACUGCUGGAUGAUUUCGAGGAAAUGAAGAUGCACGACUGA